AAUGUCGAUGCUCAAGGCUAAGCCAGCUCCAAGAAGCGAGCAUCGCUUGAAGGAAACAGUUGACCACGCUCCAUCGAUAUGGAAGAGGAUUGCUGAGCGACAACUGAAGGAGAGAACUCGAGUGGAGGAAAAGAACCAAAAACUGCGUUCUUCACUCAAGGGACAAAUCAGGCUCGCCAAGAAGCUGGAAGGACUGUUGCACAAGAGACCGCUAGACGAGGUGAAACGGAGAUCCUAGCUGACUCUAAGCGGCUCAAGCCCUUUGUCAGCACUUCGUUGACCCCAACGGACGAUGAAAUUUUUGCCGAUCAAAUGGCACACGUACAACUUGCAAGCUCGGAAGUGGAUCGAAUUUUUGGCACACCGGAGUUUGUAGACCAAUCUGCCUCAUUCUACAAAUUGCAAGUCAUGAAUGACUCAAAUUCAGACACUGGAGUUGCGUUUGUGAAGAAAGCAAGCUCACUGAUACCGUUCGACAUCAAGGUGACGGAGAAGGCGUUAUGGCGCGCUUUGGCUGAAGAAGGAACUAAGAAAGACAGCUAUUUUCUCGAUGAACGCCUGACAACAGACAACGUGGAGGUUUGCUCGUAUGGAUUGCAUUUUCGAGUUGACAACUUCCACGCAAAUGUGCUCGGGAAACAGACAUAUCGGAGAUGUGUUGCGGACGACCGAGUCGUCAUCAUGUGGAAAUGGGUCGUAGAUCCGGUGGAGGUCAACGGCACAAAGUUUCGAGGAAUUCGAUGUCAUGAAACGGGAUGGAUCGUGCUUCGCGGUGUCAGCAUCGGUACUUCCAGCACUUCCGAUUUUGAUCCGGUUUUCUGUAAUGUUCCAUCCAACUCUGUGACGUCGACGAAGUUACUGUCGUAUUCCAAGAUGACUAUGGAGCUUCAGGAUGACAUUACGGAUCAAGACCUUCAAGUUGGUGCGCUUACUAAUUUUGUGGUCAACCUGCACGACACACUGACGGAAGUGUGUGGAAAGAUGAUCACCAAUGUUCUUGUUGAGGAAGAUUGGAACGUCAACGGUUGGUGGGGCUUGCAGCAGAGCUAAGGAGUGAAUAGCCAUCUCUCGUAUUUUUUUUUAAUUUAGAUAGAAAUUUAUCUAGUUUUGAAAAUCCAAAAUAAUUAGGUCGAGUGCUAGAUUUUCUGAAGAAGCAUUUAUUUAAUCAAGCCCAGAUUUCUAAAAAAAAGAACUUUUGUU